CGCAGGCGCGCGCCGCGGUUGAGGAGGCGCGGAUCUUGGUGGCUGUGGGCAGUGGAAGUUUCAGGUGGGUGGUGUCCGCAGGUGGUGAUGCUGGCGUGCGUGGGGGCUCUGACCUUGUGUCAGGCCCUGAACCUUCCUGGGCUCGGCUGCCCCCUCCAUGGAGCCAGUUAGUCGCGGGACUUCGCAGAGGCUUGGUGCGAGCGCGAAAGGAGUUUAUUCCCGGCAGAGCGCUUCUAAGGGUGCUUGGCCCGAGGUCGGCGCACGGAGGGGGUAGCCUCUGUCGUUACUGCCGCGGCGUCCCCCGAAUCAGUCCGUUUCACUGCAUCCCCACCGCCUCGGCCGCCUCACUCCGGGGUUCGUCUCCAAAUUGUUCACCCCCAAUUAGGGAACGUCGUGUACUAAAAGGAACUAUGUCUCAGGAAGGCGAUUAUGGAAAAUGGACAAUAUCCAGUAGUGAUGAAAGUGAAGACGAAAAGCCAAAACUAGACGAGCCCUCUACUUUUUCCCUCCCUCAUGCUGGGCAGGGAGCAGCAAAUGAGCCAAGAUACACCUGUUCCGAGGCUAGGAAAGCUGCCCAUAGAAGGAAGAGAUCACCCGUGAAAUUCAGCAACACAGAUUCAGUUUCAGAAGUUUCACCUCCCAAAAGGCAAAGGAGUGGUUCCCAGGAAGACCUAGGUUGGUGUCUCUCUAGCAGCGAUGAUGAGCUGCAACCAGAAACCCGGCAGAAGCAGGCUAAGAACAUUGUGGUCAGAGAGGAGAGAGGCAUCUCUUCUCCUAAAGACAGUGCUGCCCAAAGACCUGGAAAUCCCACCCCUCCUGCACACCACAGGCUCGAGGAGGAGGAAGAGGAGUAUGAAACUUCAGGGGAAGGCCAAGACAUUUGGGACAUGUUGGAUAAAGGGAACCCCUUCCGAUUUUAUCUCACUAGAGUCUCGGGCAUUGAGCCAAAGGAUAACUCUGGAGCCCUCCACAUCAAGGAUAUUUUAUCCCCUCUAUUUGGGACACUUCUGUCUUCAGCUCAGUUUAACUACUGCUUUGAUGUGGACUGGCUCGUAAAACAGUAUCCACCACAGUUCAGGAAGAAACCAAUCCUGCUUGUGCAUGGAGAUAAACGAGAAGCCAAGGCUCACUUACAUGCCCAGGCCAAGCCUUACGAAAACAUUUCCCUCUGCCAGGCAAAGUUGGAUAUUGCAUUUGGAACACACCACACGAAAAUGAUGUUACUGCUGUACGAAGAAGGCCUCCGGGUUGUCAUACAUACCUCUAACCUCAUCCAUGCUGACUGGCAUCAGAAGACUCAGGGAAUAUGGUUGAGCCCCUUAUACCCACGAGUUGUCCACGGAACCCACAGAUCUGGAGACUCGACAACACAUUUUAAAGCCGAUCUUAUCAGCUACUUAAUGGCUUAUAAUGCUCCUUCUCUCAAGGAGUGGAUAGAUGUUAUCCACGAGCAUGAUCUCUCUGAAACCAAUGUUUAUCUUAUUGGAUCAACCCCAGGACGCUUUCAAGGAAGUCAAAAAGAUAAUUGGGGACAUUUUAGGCUUAGGAAGCUUCUGAAAGAGCAUGCCUCAUCCAUACCUAAAGGAGAGUCUUGGCCAAUAGUAGGUCAGUUUUCAAGCAUUGGCUCUAUGGGAGCUGAUGAAUCAAAAUGGUUGUGUUCGGAGUUUAAAGAAAGCUUGGUGACUCAGGGGAAGGAGAGCAGGACCCCAGGGAAAAGUGCUGCUCCCCUCCAUCUGAUCUACCCUUCUGUGGAAAAUGUGCGGACCAGCUUAGAAGGCUAUCCCGCUGGUGGCUCUCUUCCCUAUAGCAUCCAGACAGCUGAAAAGCAGAAUUGGCUCCACUCCUAUUUGCACAAAUGGUCGGCUGAGACAUCUGGCCGCAGCAAUGCUAUGCCCCAUAUUAAAACUUACAUGAGACUAUCUCCAGACUUCAGUCAAAUUGCCUGGUUCCUUGUCACAAGCGCGAAUCUGUCCAAGGCCGCCUGGGGAGCAUUAGAGAAGAAUGGUGCCCAGCUGAUGAUCCGUUCCUAUGAGCUUGGGGUCCUUUUCUUGCCAUCAGCAUUUGGCCUGGACAGCUUCAGAGUAAAACAGAAAUUCUUCUCAGGGAGCAAGGAGCCAACAUCCUCCUUUCCUGUGCCAUAUGAUCUUCCUCCAGAACUGUAUGGAAGUAAAGAUCGGCCAUGGAUUUGGAAUAUUCCUUAUACCAAAGCACCAGAUACACACGGGAAUAUGUGGGUUCCCUCCUGAGAAUCUUAAAGUACUGUGGAAUUUAGGUUUAAGGCAUCAAGCCCCAAAUAUUAGAUGUUGUUUGUACUGGACGUUCACCCUUAAGUUUUAUCUACACCCCUACAAAACUGCAAGUCACUCCUGUGAACAUGGAUGCUGGUUAUACUUUUAAUGGUCAUUAACAGUGUCACUAAAAAAAAAAAAAAACUCACUUUUCUAAACUUUGGAAUGAAAACUGGACAGCGUUAAGAGAAUACACGUAAAACCAUCCUCCGAGCGAUGUGGGAUCUCACGGUGGUGCCAGCUCUUCUGAAGAUGGACUCUGUGUCGCGCUCCAUCGGGAAAGGCGCUCUGGAUUCAAACGCAACUUGUCAGGGGAGGAAUGUGAUUGUCCGCUUAUUACCCAGCCCGCAGCUGUGUGUCUCAGGGCUGCCGGAUGUGCGUCUGCGGGUGUCCGUGGUUGGCGGAGGUUGGGGCGGCAGCUGUUGAGACGCCUGGGUCCUGCUGCCUCUCGUCUCCCCGCAGCCUCACGGGGCUUGUCCUGCUCCCGGUGCUGUGCCGGCCCCCUCUCUGCGCACGGGCGGGUCGCGCUGCCCCUUACCACCUGCCCUUUCCUCGCCCAUUCCUCCGAGUGGAGCGGUGUCUCUUUGAUCCCCACAAAAUUCCAGAAAAGACACACACAACCAUACAAAAGUACAAGUAUUGUACUUGGAAGAAACCCUGAAAGAUGACCUAACUUGGUGCCUUUGAUUCACAAGUGAGGAAACUGAGGCCCAGAAAGGUUCAGGAUGACCACCCCCUCCACACCACGCCCCCCAUCACAUAGCUGGUUUGGGUCAAAGCUCUGAGGGUCUCUCUCUGCUUUAUGUUCCUAUGUCCUUCAUACUUAGAAAUCAAGUUCUCCUAAGAUGUAGACCCUCUUUUAUUUUUUUUCUACAUGAGGCUGAUUUCAUUUUGUCACCACCUUCAUCUUUGAAGCGUGUUGAAUGUUAAUUUUGAAAGAUUUUUGAAGAUAGCUUUUCAGACCGUUCCUCAGAGGCCUACGAUUUUCACCUUUAGGAGCCAGCAGGGUGGGCGGGGGUGCGUUGACAGAGAAGACAGCUGCGGGCCUCCACCCUCGUCCUGUCAGAGCAGCUCUGCUUCACCUAUUUUAGAUUGUGGGAUUCUGUCAAGGAUAUUAUCGACGGGUGUGUGUGUGCACGUGUUCUGCUUUUUAAAAAGUUGAGAAGCCAUUGGUUAGUUUAACCAGUUCAUUACCCAGGUAAGAAGACGAAGGCUUAACCCUUUUCUGACCAUGCCUUCUACUUCCCAGAACAUGCAAACCCUACAUCACGUGAGCCGGAAGGCAUUGGGAAGGCACCCGGGGCUGGCCCGGCGUGGGUGGCCGGCGGUCUGUGUGUCCAGAGGACUGGCUGGGGCGCCUGGCUGGCUCAGAGGAGCGUGGGGCUCUUGGUCUUGGAGUCAUGAGUUCAAGUUCCAUGUUGGUUGUACAGAUUACCUAAAUAAAACUUACAAGCAAAAAAAAAAAAAAAAAAAA